GAAGUACUCUCUGUGUGUACUGCAUUCUCUCUCGGCCCAUUUUCGGUGUUUCUGUCUGCAACUGGAAGAGCGGCUUGCUGAGGGAGGAGAGAAUGCAGCAAGCUCAGAUGAUUGCUGUGGAGUACAGGGGAAAUGGGGGAUGGGCCACAGGAAGUAUGGAGAAUGGAGGAUGGAGCGCAGCAGCGAUGGAGGAUGCAGGGUGGAGUGGUUUCAGUCCCACAUCGCGGGUUGCAGCUGUCUCUGAGAGAUUGCAGCUAAGACGUGAAAGGACAAACGAACGGUUGACAUCCCUCAAGACAUUAUGGGACAACGAGAAACGGACGGAUGCUCGUCUCCGGGUGUGGAACUACGCAUCACAACGGCCAGUCGUAUGGAAGAAUGCAUUCGCAGCUGCUGCAGCGGGAACUGCUCUAACUAUGACCACCUUUCCACUUUCUACGAUCAAAACCCAAAUGCAGGCAGGUCUCCACAGCUCAUUCAUCGGCUGCGUUCUGAGUUUUGUGCAAAAACAUGGAGUACGGAAGCUAUACUCGGGUGUGAGCAUCGAUCUUAUUCAGAAUCUCCCAUACAGUUUCCUCUACGUUGGCACGUUUGAGACGCUGAAGUCGAUUGGGUUGCCUCGACCUUUUGCUGCUGCAGCAGGGUCCGCAGCAUCCUGCAUUGUGACAGUGCCUGCAGACAUGGUGACUCAGCGGAUGCAGGUCGCCAGUGUGGAGCACGGCUAUCGCACCCAGUGGACUGUCUUUGAAAACCUGAAAGAUCUCCUGGAAAGAAGGCGUGGUGGACGCAGAUUGACGACAUGUGAGAGCCUUAUGGUGGGCGGCAUCUCCGGAUGUGCUUCUGCGCUGUUCACCUGCCCAAUCGAUGUUGUGAAGACUCGCCUGCAGACGAACAUCAACUACAGGGGCGUGGCUCAUGCGCUGGAGCAUAUUGUAGCGCACGAGGGGAUAGGGGCGGUGUAUGCGGGACUGGUUCCGCGGACGCUCCUUGUUUUCCCAACCACAGCAAUCUUCUUCUGCGUGUAUGAGCAUGCGAAGCAACUCCUCUAUUCAAAGACAGCCCAGCUGCAGAUGAUGCCUUUGGAGACAAAAGGGGGGAGGUUACCAAAACGGACUUUCCGAAGAAGGGCAGGGACUCUCAGCCUCAGGGAAAAGCUAGAGGAAAAGGGGAUGCAGUUGAAGUCGAAGAUACUUCCGCCUCUUUGCCUUCCACUUCUAAGUUUUGGUACUCAGUGUGACGACGGGCGUGCACAUGUUUCCGCUGUGGGAGAAGGUGGUUGCCUUCAAGUUGGGCUAUCAUGUCGACAACAAGGCAGCCCAAGCAGUCCUUGAUGCUCAGUACUUGAUGACUCAUUCAUUAGCUGAUCUAUUUUCUGCGCCGUGCCACAAGGCUCAAGCUGCUGCACAGUUUGUGCCAUGGAUGGCUUCAGCAUCGACAUGACUCAUAAUCUGAUCUGCGCCGUGCUACAAGCUGAUGUGGGAAAUCACGCAAUGCCUUGCAAUCUGCACAUUUUGUGCCAUGGAUGGCUUCAGCAUCGAAUCGAACUUGGUCCGGUCACACAAGCUAAGCAAGGGAAACUCAAGAGUCUUUUCCUUUGACAAUGUGCGAUCUUGACUCUGCACACAUAAAGUAUACCCCAAUUGCAUCGUUGACCAGAGAGGAGGAGUCGGAGGACCCUUGAGCAUGCCAGCCAGCAUGCCAGCAUGCUGCUGUAGUCAAGAGUUCUAGGAGGCUAGGAGCAACCUCUUCAGGGCCUGACACUUUUCCUCUUUCGGAAAACGCUUUUUUUUUGGCGAUAAUGCCAAAUUGAAUUUGAAAGACUUGUAUAAAGUUGGCUCUCAAAUGUAGCAAAAAAACCAGGAUGCGGGCCGCUUUCCUUGCAUGUAUGUAUCCUAUACCUUGAGCACGGGAUGGCACGACUGGACGAUGAAGCAGCCACAAAGCUCCUUGUCUUCCUGUGUUGAGGUGGCUCAACCAACCGCGGCAACACGAACUAUGUAGGGAGAGUUUUGGAGUCCUGUCCUGCGGCGAGCUUCUCCGCUUGUUUUCAAGCAGUGUCAUGCGGAAAGACUUAGUCCGUUCUAUUCCCUUUUCCUCAGAAGAUUUUGAAUUGGAACUCGACACUCGUCAUGUUCCCGGAGCAAGUAAUCAAGUGGCUGGGAAUGAGCUGAAUGAAAGACAAAGUACGGCAGCUUCUUGUCUUUACUGCUAGCAGCGACGAUGGAAGGGAAGGAGACGCAUCCGUAGUGUAGUACCCGAAUGAUGCCAAAAUGAGGCACAGCUGCAGCCACUCGUCUACGCUUAGACAUUUAUGAUUUUUCGGCCCCGUCAUGUGGCAGUUGAGCCCCUCCACUUCGUUUUCAAACAUGCGGAAAAUCUGUCUGCUAUUCUUUUCUCCUCUCGGACCUACAGACUUGUUAUGUGCCUGCGCGUCCGACUCGUCGUACUCAAGCGUCUGGGAACGACCCGAUUUCUUGUCUUAUAUGUUAAGACCAGCGCUAGCGACGGCGACAGAAUCGGAGAAUCGGAGGAGCCGCAUCUGUAUCAGUACCGGGCCCCCGAAUGCAUGCGCAAAUGACGUUCUCACUUGAAAAACAGCUGAGCGCGCCCCAGGACGAGAGCUUGGCUUGUAGUGUAGUUAAUUGGUUCCUUUAAAUCCUUUUAUGGUGGCUUGCUUCUUGACAACCUUUUUUUUUUUUUUUUUUUUUUCCCCUUCCCUGUUGAGCUAUUCAGGUAGAUAUUGGUAUUCAAUUAGUGAUGACCUAGGGUUGGUAGCAUGUGUUGAGGUGGCUGUUUAUUUCUUGGUCAUCUCAACCAAAACCCCGAGAGGGCGACUCCGGCGGCUGAGAUAGGUAGCAGGCUUGUCGUCUGGGAGAAAGGCAGGGGCCAAACUCAAAGACUUAGUCCAGGACUGCUUCGUGUUUGAAACAUCAUCGUCAUCAUCAUUGCAACGGAGCGGAUGUGCAGAGAGCCGACAACUAGUCGACGUAACUCAGUUGCAUGUGGUACGAAUAGUACUUGAGUUAUGUAUUAUGUAUGUAUAUAUAUAUAUAUAUCGUCACAAACAUAUAUAUAUAACUCAAGUAUUUCAUAAUCGGUUUUCCAUAUUUUCAUCAAGCUACUGAAAAGUUUGUUUCUUCUAGGAAGUGAUACGACUGGUACAAGAAACCGGGUCGUCGUCCCCACCUGUGGAAAAUUUCACUGUGUGGUGCCUUUAGUUUAAAUUUGUAUUUCAAACUUGUUUCUAUUGCUUGUGUUCCUUGCACUUUCAGUC